AGUGUUCUUGAAAAACACUUGAAACACAAUUAAUAAAUAUACUUGAAAGCGAUUUAAAAACAUGCUGUAGCGCAUGUAAAUCUGAUAGUCUUGUGAUAUCGUAUUGAAUCAUAAGUUUUUGUAUGCUUCUGUAUAUUUUGUUGGCAAUAUCGUUGUAUUUCGGAGACUCAACAGUCAUGAGUUCGAAAUCGUGUAAAAGUAAAAUCAAUUUGAGCGGUGUUAUUGUUGCAAUAGCAACUCCUUUUCAAGAAAAUGUUCAACAAUCUGUUGAUUACGAUAAGCUUAAGAAAAAUGUUGCUAUAUGGGAAAAAAUACCACUUGCAGGAUAUUGUAUCGGGGGAUCCUAUGGAGAAUGGCCCUAUUUGACCAGCGAAGAGAAAAUUGAAAUACUCAAGACUGUUAAAACAUUAGCACAUCCAUCAAAAUUUGUGAUGGCUGGAACUACCAGUGAAUCUACGAAACAAAGUCUCGAACUGAGUUUAGCUGUGGCUGAAGCCGGAGCUGAUGCCAUUCUUCUUCAAACACCUCACUACUUUCGUGCCCGAAUGACUCAAAAUAGUAUCAUCGAACACUUCACAACGAUUGCUGAUGCUAUACCUAUUCCUGUGGUCAUUUAUAAUAAUCCUGGCACGACUGGAAUCGAUAUAAGUGUAGAUACAAUCGAGAUAUUAUCCAAACAUCCGAAUAUUUGUGGAGUUAAAGAUGGAAAUGUAUUCAAACUCGGAGCAAUCGUUGAAAAAACCAAAGAUAAAGAUUUCCAAGUAUUGGCUUCUUCUGCCGGAGACUUUUUACCAGCUUUGUUAGUAGGUUGUUCAGGAGGGAUGAGUGGAUUAGCUGGUAUCUUAGGGGGUCCAAUAUGUGAAAUGUACUCGUUAGCUCGAGCCAAUGAAUGGCAUAAAGCAGCAGAAAUUCAAAAACGAUUAGUUUUACCCGAUUUCUUGCUUUUGAGAGAAUAUGGACCACCUGCUUUGAAAGCUGCUAUGGAUAUGUUGGGGUAUUAUGGAGGCUCUUGUCGUAAACCUUUGCUUCCAUUAGAUGCUGAAGUUAUCUCGAAAAUUCGUCAAGUUCUUCAAGCAUCUGGUCAUCUCUAAUUUACUAUCCCAUCUUAAUAUACGAAGAAAUUAUUUAAAGUACAAAAGAUGUUGACCAUUUUUAAAGAGAAAAUUUAUUGGUAGAUUUUUAAAGUAGUGAAAAUAAAGUUUGAGAAUUGUCAAUUAAUUUUAUGCUUCCAUUAAUAUUUUUAAUGAUUAGUAAUACAUUUUUGUACGUGAAGGGAAGAAUCGAAUGUAAUUUAUUACGUUUACUGUUGAGUUAUUUUUACAAUGUUAUUUCGAAUUAGGAACAAACUUCAUUCCAGCUCUACCAUUUAUAAUUUUUUUUUUAUGAUAAUUGAUGAUAAAUUGAUAAUAAUUAAUUACUGACAAUAAAAACAAAAAUAAACAAUAUUCGUUUUA